AAAACAAAACAGGGAGAAAUCAUUAUUCUGCAACAUUAUUUACUUCGUAUUAACGACAACAGUGUUGAUUAUUUCGUUUGUUUCUUUUCCAUAGAAAACACGUUAGAAACUUAGCAGAAAUAUAAAAUGGAACUAGCAGCAGAAUAUCAAGUAGCUUACGACAAUAAUUACAGAGCUUUUAAAAAGGGAAUCAGCUCAACAGAGAGUAUACAAUAUUACUCAACAUGGUGUCUUGGAUACGAAAAGGAUCUAAGUAAAGGAGAAACAUAUAAUGGACCGAUAGAAGCUGCCACGGCAGUGGGUAAAUUAUUCCCAACUGAUAGAGAAAACGUAAAGAUAUUGGAUAUCGCAGCUGGCACAGGCUACGUCGGGGAAGAGCUACGUGAUAUCGGCUUUAGGAAAAUUGAUGCCUUGGAACCGUCUGAAGGAAUGCUUGAGAUUGCCAGGUCGAAAGGAAUUUAUCAGAACCACAUUUUGGAUAUUCUUGGUGGAACAAAUUACAUCAUUGAAAAUGAUUACUAUGACUGUUCUGUUGUAUCUGGUGGAAUGGGUGAAGGUCAUAUACCUUGUACAGGUAUUCUAGAGAUGAUACGUAUAGUUAAACCAGGGGGCGUCGUUGCCAUAGCAAUGAGAGAGGAAUAUUUAAACUACGUGGAAGAGUAUCAGAAUAAAUUGGAACCAAUGAUGGAAAAACUUGAGGAAGCAGGAAUCUGGGAGAAGAUCGACAGAACUGUUUAUGAAAAUCAUUUCGUGGGGAAGACGGGCGUUUUAUUUCUGUAUCGCGUAAAGUGAGAGACCAGUAUAUGUUAACAAUAUAAUAAGGCUAUACGACUCUACAGUUUAAUGACCGGGUACUAGUAACCCACUGGAACCGGAAGUAUAAACACUCGCCAUCACAACUUAGUUACCACACAAUCGAAUCAUUUGCUCCAGAAAUCAGGGGUGUACCUGCUUUGACAAUUGGUUUGGUUUAGGAUUAGAUAGAGAAAUUGGGAAUAGUUCUGGACAAAUUAUGAAACCCGUUUUUAAUUUUAAUUAUUUCUGGACAAGCAUCAAUAAAUCUGUUAGUCAUUUUCAUGUUUAGGAAGUAUUAUGUAUUAAUCAAGAAAAGACUGUUGAGUUUUCCAAGUAAUUUUGGUCGGAUACCUCAGUACCCUGGGCGCCAAACAGAAUAAUCCACGAAGUACAUGUAUCUUCUUUGAGCGGCAUUUAGCAAUUGACAUACGUAAUUGUGUUCCAUAUUAUGUUUUUGUAAGUUAUUUUCAUUCACUCCUUUUGGUCAUCUAUGCUGUUGAUUGGGUUUGGUAGCUACAUAGUAACCAUGGAGAUGACACAUUAAUGCCUCUGACGUAAUGAUUGUCAACUGCGGGAUUACCGUGUAGUCCAUGCUAAACACAAAUUUAUAAUUUCCCUUCUACCUAUCAAAAUAAUCAUGAAUGAGACGGGAAUAAAAGAAUAAUAUGUGUGUAUAUGAAAAUGAAUGCGUGUGAUAUAUUAAUAAUCAGUGUGUGAGAUCAAUGUUUCGUCUGGUGUGUGUCUGUUAUUUUUAAAAUCCACCUUUGUUUAAUGAAUGUGUGUGACGCGUGUGUGUGGGUGUAUGUGUGUGUUGCGCUCAGUAAUUAUGACUUAUAUAAUGGGUAUUUCAGUAAGUACGACUUAUAUAAUACAUAUUUUAGUAAUUAUGACUUAUAUAAUGCAUAUUUGAGUAAUUAUGACUUAUAUAAUAAGUAUUUGAGUAAUUAUGGCUUACAAAAAGAGAAUGUGAGUAAGUAUGACUUAUAUAAUGGGUAUUUUAGUAAUUAUGACUUAUAUAAUGAGUAUUUGAGUAAUUAUGAUUAUA